UUUCAAACUUUGUUUGGUCGAGGGACAUCGCGGUGCGACUUUUCUCCUGCGCCAACACAUUUUGGAAAAAUGUCUUUGACAAAGCUGUAUGUUGAUACAGACAAGCUGAUUCAAUUGGUGGAAAACCGACCUGCUCUCUAUAUGACAGAGCAACCGUUAUAUCACAACAAAAUUGCUAGGAGACAAUUGUGGGAUGAGGUGGCGGUUGAACUGUUUGAAGGCUGGGAAGCUCUUUCGGAUGUUGAAAAAAAUUUGCGAGUCAAAGAAAUGCAAAUGCGCUGGAAGCAUGUUCGUGAUUGCUUUCGUAGGGAAGUGGCUGCCCAGAAGACAGACACACGGAGUGGUGCAUCGCCUUCCAAACGGAAGAAGUACAUCUAUGCAGAACAUUUAACAUUUUUACUACCUGCUUUUGCUAAGAGACAAACUUCUAGCAAUCUGGAUGAUGAGGUUCAAGAAACAGUGGAUCCUGCAAACAAUAACAGAACUGUUACACCAACUGGCACUCCUACAAGACCUAGCACUUCCAGUACCACUGUCACCUCACCUGGCACUUCCAGCAGUACUCGCACUCCACCUGGCACUUUAAGCAGCACUAUCACCCCACCUUCACAAUCAUCUCAAUCUGACAUCACUCGGGCAGCAAAAAGAAAAAAAUCAAACAUUUCAUAUGGUGAUGUACAAAAUAUGCUGUCCAAGUUAUGUGAUUCGGUCUCAUCUUCCAGAGAGGCUUCCCAAGAAUCUUCUGCUAAGAGGGCCUAUGCCUUUGAGGAUUCUCAAGAAUUUGCCUUUUAUACUGGUUUAAUUCCAACCAUUAUGAUGGUUCCUGAGGGGCAUAGGCAAAUGCUGAGAAUGGACUUUUUGCAGUUGCUAUAUAAAUAUUUACCCCAAGGCAAUAACGUACCAAACAGGCCUCUUAUGCACCCACCGCAACCAUUUCAUCAACCCCCACAAUCAUUCAGUAUGCCUCAAAGUAGUACCCCAAACCCUUAUCCUUACCCUUUUCCAUACCCUUCGACUUCACAAGCAUGGGAUCCUUCCCAAAAUUCAUUUACCGACCUUUAAUAUAAUUACUGGUUUGGUAUACCAUUAACUGUUAUGCAGUUUAUUAUGUUUAUUAAUGUAUACUGUUUAUUCAAACAGAUUGCACUUUGCACUUUGUCUUUUUUAGUUAUGUUUUUGCACUUUUUUUCCAUUGUUU